UCCACCGGAAUUCUUUAGGUGACGGACAGAGGCUUGCCUUUUUACAAAAUGACAGCUGAGAAAGAAAACACGAGUUUGAAUGUCACUACUGCAAUUGUGACAGAUAACGACGACAAACUACAGCUAAUGAAAGGUGCAGCUUUCCUGACGACUGUCGCAUCUGCUGGGAUGAUAGCAGGAUUCGGCUCCACGUUAGCCUUGGCCAAGAAAAAGAGUCCAGGCUGGUUUAGCAAGGGAACAAUGGCCACUGCUGCAGUACCGGAGACUGGGGCGUCCCUGGCUCUCCGUGCCCUGGGGUGGGGCUCUCUCUACGCCUGGUGUGGAGUGGGCCUGCUCGGUGUCGCAGUCUGGAAAGCCAUGGGGGUCCAUAGUCUAACAGAGUUCAGGCAGAAGAUGCAGUCUGUGUUCCCAGCUAUUCCCAAAAACGAGGAAGGACCGGCCAACUCGGAGGAAUGGGACUCCAUCUUCAAGUCGAAAGAGAACAGCCGAUCUAGCUGACAUUCUCCCUGUCUGGUUCAGGGCAGCCUUAAUAAACCACUGUGAUUUAAACAACAAUUACUGUGGCAUGGGCUGUUGGUCACUGUGUUGAGAAGGAAAGGUACUUGAGGAGCUUGGCAUCCACUGGCUGUACUUGCAGGUUACUGGGCUCAUUCACCGAUGCUCAUCUGAAGUCCAUGAAGAGUACUCCUUGUGUGGAAGAGAAAUCAUGAACUAAACUACUGGAUUGAGGCAUCAUGGUUAAGCUCCCUUGGAUAAUCUUAAAUAUUAAGAUCACAGGAGCGCAGGACUGUCUUGUACUAGUAUAGGAGUUAGGCUUAGUGCCAGUCUGUGUGCUCUUGCCAACUCCAUUGCUCGUUGUCAAACAAAAUGUUUUUGUCAUGCCAAUGAGUGACAACUUAACAUGAUAGCACAAACAGACCAGCACAGUAUUCCUAGGCAUCAACUGCUUUCUAAUAUUGUAUUCCAAGCAUGGUGAACAGAACUCAAAUUAAGGCCAAAAGAUUGAAAAAGUAAUCUCUGUGGAUGUUUGCAUUUCUUCAUAGGCCAUCAUGAUAUAAUUGACACUUCUAUUUUUGUUCUAUGAAACUAAAAAAGCUAAAUGUGUUUGCGAAGACGAGGCACCUGCCUGGUUUCACUUAAAACAGAUUGAACCAUCAUCCAAUGUAACACCUAUUUAAGUGUUUGCCGUCAGCUAUUCCCAUGAAAGACAAGUAUCAAAGCGAGAACAGACCUGAACUAUUUUAAACUGUCCUGGCUAGCCGUAGAAAUACGUGUGCGUCAUCCUAAAUGUGCUUGUGACUGCCGCCCCUGAUGUUUUCACACACAAAGUUGAAAGAGUGAGUCAUGAAAACAUUUGAUGCCACAGCUGUAACUUGGAGCACGGUGUAUGGUUACAGCUGAACUGACACUUCUCCGUGUAUGAGGACUUCAUUGAGAUGUUAUUUCUGUCGUGCAUAUGCUCAUUCCUUGCCCGCUAUGCUAAAUAAACUACUGUACUUAUGUAACAGAACAUGCCAUUUAGCAGACGCUUUUAUCCAAAGCGACUUAGUCAAGAAUGCAUGCAUUUCUUUACGUGGUUGGUUGUGAUCCUUUGUGGAGGAGAUUCUGCAACUCUUGGACAAUGGAAGUGAAUUAAAAACGUUUGGCCAUAUUCAUUCUGCCACGAUUCUCCAGUUUACAAUCUCUGGACAAAUGAGUCAAACACCCUUCACAGUGCUCAACCAGAUUUCAUGUACAUUUAUUCUUAACAUGUGGAACAUAUAGUAUAAACAUUUUACUGAAUAAACAAAUGUUCAUCGAAUGUUAA